AUGGACUCCGUUUCCCUAGCUAUUGAAAAGGCACGCGCAGCAAGCUCAGACAGAUCAUUUUCGUACCAGGAGGUUGCUGAUGCGAUAAAUGCGUCGCGAUUGACAGUGUUGCGAAGGGCGAGAGGCGUAACCACGUCGCGUGCGGACGCCUAUCAACAACUACAAAAACUCACAACAGAACAGGAAUAUGAGCUUGCUGCUUAUAUAAAAGAGCUCACAGAGCGUCACCUGGCACCUACAAGGCAAAUGAUACAAAAUUUUGCGUCCGAACUUGCUCACGAGAGCGUUGGCGACACCUGGGUGUCUGACUUCCUGCACUGUUAC